AUGAAAUUUUUGAUUUCUCUAAUUAUUUUACAUUUUCUAUUCGUUCAAAUUUAUUCGUUCACGCUGUAUCGAGCACAAAAACCAAAUCAUCACUCGGGAUCAGAUAGUCGCAACAAAUCGGAAAAUGUGGAUCUAGACGAGACGGACGGCGAUUCGUUCGAUCGAAUGCGGAAUGUACUGGGAAGUAUGAACCCAGCGUUGGGUCUGAUGCACAGAAUACGGUAUCGUGAGAAGAAAUGA